CGAAGUACACAUUCUCCUGCAAAUAGCGCAGACGAUCCCUCGAAAAAAAUUGUGAUAGAGUUGAGAGUUUUUUUGUGUUGUAAGUGAAAUGACGAAACUCGUAAUCCUGGCUGUUCUCCUGAUCUGUGCCCUCGUAUGUGUCAAUGCCCAAUUGACUUUCACGCCUGGAUGGGGUAAGCGAAGUGAUCCCUCACUGCACGGUGGACCUGGUGCCAUUGCCAGCGAAAGUCGCAUGCCUGUGGAAAAUAUGGACUCCUUGGUGCUCCUAAUCUACCGCAUGAUCCAAAAUGAGGCCCAAAAGCUCGUGGAUUGCAAUCAGAAAUGAUGGCAACUCGCAGAGAGUGAGGCUGGAAAUGGAUGAAGGACAGCCUGGCAAAAGUUCCCGGAAGAUCGCCUGCUCAAAUCACGAACCAGAAUGAAAUGAGAUCAAAAGAAAGAUGUAUGAAAACAUAUUAAUAUAUUUACUGGUUUAAUUUAAAAAAAAACCC